AUAUGAAUGAAUGAUACUAUUGAUUAUGUACCUCAAAUGCUUGUUCGUACAUAUUUUAUCAAAGUAUAAAGAUUUCAAAAUAUUAUUUAUUAUCAAGUAAGUAAUUACCAAAAGAAGGCACCAAGCCGGGAAGACUGGUGGUAGAUGUGCUCUAAAUAUCACUAAGGAUGCCAGUACGAGAACAAAAGCGCAUAAGGAUGAACGAUAUCAAAGGUAUCUGAUUCACUAUCAUGGUGUUGACUCCUAGAUAUCCCCUUGGACUGGCCGCAGCGGAUGCUGGUAACGGAUGCUUUUGUUUGUUAUAUUUAAUGUUGUGUCGAGUUUACCGCUAUGCGUGCGGCUUAGUGAAUGGAGAUAGCGGCUUCUAGUUGUGGUGAACUAUUGUCUGUUUUUUAGUUUUAUACUGGACUGUAUUUUUCAGGCUACAAUAUAUGGUGUAUAUUGCUCUGUUGUGAGAGUUUUGUGGUUGUAGGGUGGGGCUGUGUCAGGCUUUAAUUCCUCCUGCAGUACUGUAUUUGAGCUCUGGUUGUGAUUUAGUGUCCUGUUAUUUACUGGGUGUUGCUAGGUCUGGGUAUGUGGCUGUUGUUCCUUACGUCGUUGUUUCUAUUUUACAAAGGUGGUAUAGGUGAAGAUUUAAGGCUGUGGUUACUGUGGACGAGACUAGUGGAGGUGUUGUCCAGUGGUACAGUGUUACACUCUGAAGAUGGAGACAUCCUCAUUAUGUACGAGGAUAAAACUUGGUGAUUGAACCUUCUCAUGAUAUAACAAUAAUUUGUGCGUUAUAUUUAUUCUUCAGUCGUUGUGCCUUAUUUACAAGCUACGAUACAUGAAGCCCCGUUUAAUUAUGGGAAAAACUUGGCAAAGUGUUUCUGCUGCUCUCACCGGUGUCGUGGUGUGGUGAGGCACAAUGAGGACUGUGUGAGGGCGGGAGCGGUGAGUCCCGCGAAGUGCUGAAUGCAGGAUCUGGUUCCCACCACACCUGUAGGCCUAGGCCGCUCCACCGUCACCAUGUCGGACUACGUAGGGGAGAGUCUUGCGUGGGCGGGCGGUCACGUUAUGCCGCCCGUGGCCCUCGUGUCUGCCAGAGAGACUACCACCUCCUGGCGCCUACCGCGGGACGCCAGAAUAGUGCCGCGGCCUUCUUUCAACAUCCCCCGCAGCGCCACCGUUGCCUGCCGCACCGCGAGCGGGGCUUCGCGCAGCAAGAGACCCGCGGUGGCCGCAGCAUGGGGUACACUGGACCCAAUGGCCACAGGCGCCAGUCGGGAAGCAGGUAACAUGGCCCCGGAGCCGCCUCUUGUUACCGUCCAUGUAAACAAUAAUAGCUGUGCUGCCUCUGGCUCUGAGGCCUUCUUCAACCUGACACAACAUGGCGGCCGCAGAGGCACGGCCAUCUCGCGCUCGUCGUCCUGUGUGUCGGCUAUCAAUCGGGGAGCUUAUAAGAUACAUUCAUUAACUCCAGCCGCCACCUAUAAUGGACUUGGAAGACGUGAAAGUAUAGCUCACGCCGGCCGACGGCUCGGGCGAAGCUACAGUGUGGCUCCGGGCGAUGGCGUGCUCUCUGUAAUGGCCAAAGGUGCCCAUGUAACUGGCCGGCGAGCUCAGAGACUUCGACCACACCUGUCCUUCUGCUGCGACCAUCACGUGUACCACCAGCACCAGCAUCUCACCCUCCAGCAUCAACCAGCAAAAUACCAAAAGACUUACGGCCACACCGAGCACUUAGACAAGGCCCUCAACGGUACUAGCGGAUCCAUGAUGCUGGGAGUAGCGACGUCCCCGCCCGUGGUGACACAGCCCCGUGUCCUCUACCCAUCUGUGGGGCCUGGCAAGUGGCACCAUAGUGACCACGACGCUGCAGGCUGCACGUGCCGACCGUGCAGUUUGGGAGUGGUGGUGGCACGUGCUUACAAGGCCGUACUCAGGGCCGCCUCCUACUGUAUGUUCCGGAAAUACAAGGGCGAGUUUGACCUGAUGACAGCGAACGGUGAGUACCCCGUCUUAGUACAUUACGUGUUUGUGGUUUACCUGGGGUUUACCUCGAGUCAGUUCAAGAGUUCUUCUACUCACCCCUGACAGCUGAGUGGACAGCGCUUCGGAUUCGUAGUCCUGAGGUUCCGGGUU